AUGCCUGUGGCGCCAGUUGCAAAAAUCCAAGUCCCCGGAAUUCCGCCGUUCCAUGAUCCUAAUUGCGCUGAGGCGUUCGCGCUAAGAGGCCUGAACUUUCUGGAAGAACUCAAGAAGUCCUACGCUUCCCGUCCGUCCGGCUACGAUGAAGUUCUUGAAAUCUUCGCUUCGCAUGCACUCAACAAGUGAGUUAGUCAUAAGAAUACUAAAAUGACAUAUUUUCAUUUUUUUUAGCCAAAACUAUUAGCAUUUAUAAUGCGCAUUCAAAUCAAGAGAUGUUCCAGAACAAAAACUGAGUGAAAACACUAUCUAAAGUUUUUCUUUUCAGUACGCCUUUUGAAGAUUUCCUCAAGGAACUUGCAUUGGCGCUCAAGGAGGUCCCGCGUAUGAUCCCGCUUCUCGAGGAGUUUCUUCCGCCGACCAUCACCCUGACCGUCUCGGGGACCAAUGAAGUCGACCAGCCGACCCGUCUGACGGUUACCUACCGAUGCUACCUUGAUGGGAAAACUUGGGUUCGUUUCGGAAAAUUGUAAAAAAUUAAAAAAAAAAACUUUUCAGGACGUCUGA